UAAAAUAUUAGGUUUCAAACAAAUUUUACCAAACUAAGCCUUUCUCUCCCUCCUCUCUCCUCUUCACUGCUGCUCCGUCGUCCCUGCUAGCUUCUGCUUCACGCCUUGUCGUUCUUCUCUUCCUUCUUCGCUCAUCCAACUUCCGUUCGACCACAGUUGGACCAUUGAACUUCUAAACGAGUCCCUUGAGUCCGAUUCUCAGAAGUUUGCAUAUAAUGGCUAUCCCUAAGAAGAAUUCUAUACUAGAGCAAAUGCUAUUGCCAGAUCUUAACCAUCAACCUUUUGCCAUCCACUAUCCAAAGCUUGAUGUAGAUUUUGAACUCAAAGAUGGUUUUAUCCGUCUUUUACCAAAAUUUCAUGGAAGGGACAAUGAAGAUCCGCACAAGCAUCUUAAGGAAUUCCACAUGCUUUGUUGCACAAUGGUACUCCGAGGCGUCAAUGAAGACCAGAUUAAGCUACGCGCAUUUCCUUUGUCUCUUGAAGGUGUAGCAAAAGAUUGGCUCCUGUAUCUUCCAGAUGGAGUGGUGCAAAGUUGGGUCGAUCUCAAGAAACUGUUUCUUCUGAAAUUCUUUCCUGCUUCAAGGGCCAUAGCCAUAACUAAGGCCCUUAUUCACAUUAAGCAAUCACAAGGUGAAGAUCUUUACAACUAUUUCGAAAGGUUCAACAGAUUAAUUGCUAGCUACCCUAACCUCCCAAUGUCGGAACACGCCCUCAUCGAACAAUUCUACGAGGGAUUGCUAGACGAGGAAAGGAUGGGGAUUGAUGUUGCAAGUGGAGGGGCAUUGAGAAAAAAAACACCAGAGGAAGCACGAGAAGUGAUAGCCACUAUGGCUGAGAAUCGUCAUCAUUUUGGUAACCUUUCACUAGGAUAGUUUUAGUAUUUUGAGUUCUCUUUCUCUCUUAAGUCUGACAACAAUUUCUUGCACUUUCCUUUUGUAAAUUUCUGCCAUUUACUUUUUUGCAAGUUCUUUGUUCUUAGUGACUUUUCUCAUGAUAUUUCAAUUUUCAUAUAGUUCCGCAACUAA